AUGGCGUCCCAAACGCCCGCCGUUGUCAUGGACAACGGUACGGGUUACUCGAAGCUUGGUUUCGCCGGCAACGACUCUCCCUCCUUCGUGUUCCCCACUGCGAUAGCUUCCAAGGGCCCGGCAGGCGGUGCUGGCGGUUCUGGGUCUGGUCGGCCUGCCGUUGCGAACAAGCCCUCCUUCCUGACUGGAGGUGCUGGCCCUGGUAGCCAUCUUUCAGCGAAGCGAGGAACUGAGGACCUCGAUUUCUUCAUUGGAGAUGAAGCGCUCUCGGCCGCCGCAGGGCCUGGAUAUGGCAUCCACUACCCCAUUAGACACGGUCAGAUAGACAACUGGGACCUCAUGGAGCGCUUUUGGUCGAAUUCGAUAUUCAAGUACCUGCGCGUGGAACCAGAAGACCACCACUUCCUCCUCACCGAACCCCCCAUGAACCCUCCCGAGAACCGUGAGAACACUGCCGAGAUCAUGUUCGAAUCGUUCAACUGCGCCGGUCUUUACAUCGCUGUACAGGCUGUUCUUGCCCUGGCUGCUUCAUGGACGAGCUCAAAGGUCCAUGAUCGGUCACUCACGGGAACUGUCAUUGAUUCUGGUGCCGGUGUCACUCAUGUUAUUCCCGUCGCCGAAGGUUACGUUAUUGGCUCCUCGAUCAAGAGUGUUCCGAUCGCAGGUCGUGACAUCACGAACUUCGUCCAAUCACUCUUGCGAGACCGCGGCGAGCCCGACUCCUCUCUUCAGACUGCAGAGCGCAUCAAGGAGGAGUUCUGCUACGUUUCUCCAGAUAUCGUUAAGGAAUUCUCCCGCUAUGACCGCGAACCCGACUAUUUCAAGAAGCAUACUGUCAAUCACCUUAACGGCAAGACGGUGCAAGUGGAUGUGGGAUACGAGCGCUUCUUGGCUCCCGAAAUCUUCUUCAAUCCCGAAAUCUACUCCUCCGAUUUCCUGACGCCGCUGCCGAACAUUGUCGAUACAGUCAUUCAGACUUCGCCUAUUGAUGUACGAAGGGGACUGUACAAGAACAUCGUUCUCUCUGGAGGUUCAACAUUAUACAAGGAUUUUGGAAGGCGCUUGCAGCGCGAUAUUAGACACCUCGUCGACGCUCGGAUUAAGGCCUCGGAGGCCAGAAGUGGAGGUGCAAAGAGUGGCGGUCUGGACGUACAAGUCAUCACGCACAAGAGGCAACGACAUGGCCCGUGGUUCGGAGGCAGUUUGCUUGGUCAGACUCCCGAGUUCAAGAGUUACUGCCAUACUAAGGCAGAGUACGAUGAGAUUGGUCCCAGCAUUGUGCGGAGAUUUGCGCUGUUGGGUGGCCCUGGGAGCACGUAA